GGCAUCAGUUUGGGUUGUGCCGGCCGACGUGACGGCCGCCGCGGAGUGACGUGCCGUAAGGUGACGCCCGUGACGACCCGCACAUCGUCACGGAUCGGUCCCGGAUCCAUGGCCGCGCGCUGUGACCCGCCGGCGUAUCAGUGACGUCACGCGAUAUAUCGACGGCGGUCCUUCACUCCGGCACGGUGGCGAUGCGUCUGUUCCGCCGGCGGGGGUCCGACUCGGCCCCCCAGCUGGUCAGCCUGGCACCCCUGCAGCGGGACGAGGGCGGCGACCCGGAGGACCCGGCCGCGCCGCCGCUGCUCCGACCCUCGGCCGACUUCCUGUCUGCUGACGAACAGCUGCGGAAAGAGUCGUCGACAUGGGGCCGCCGGGUGGGCCGUCGUCUCUCUCGUCUGACCCGGUCGGGUAGCAGUGAACAAAUCAGCGGCUCAAGCAGCUCGGGACGACGACGUUGGCGCGUCUCCGACUCGUCCAGUCGCGACCCCGACACCCACAGUCUGCGCUCGGAGAGGCGAGUCCGGCUGGAUCGAGUCGAGAGCAUCCGCAACCUGUUCCGUCUGCCGGUGAUCCCCCGGCGCGCCGCCGCUCACGGGGGUCAUGGAGGUCAGGGGUUCAGGGAGAGACGCGGCUCGGACGCCGGUCUGCCUCCGGAGCCAGCAGAGACACCCAGACAGUCGAGGCCGGUCAAACGCAGCGUCAGUCUCUACAAGAGCGCCUCCACCAGUCAGCUGAAUGUCACCCCGCCCACCAUCAAGGACCUGAAGAAGCAGUCGUCUAGAACGCAGAACGCCGCCUGGAAUCAGCCUGCCUACCUGCCAACAAAGACUAUGAGUUGUGAGAACAUGGUGGACGUUGGCGAAAAGCGGGUAACGGGCUCCGAGAGAACUUCCAGACGAGGAGCAGGGGAGUCGGCGGGAGAAGGAGGCGGUCCCGCUGCGCGGAAAGGGAGGAUGACUAUCGGUGACAUCAGGUCCCGCAGUCACGAGGGCGUCCUGGGUGGUUCCCGAGGACGACGGCUACCUCAGGCGCACGAGAUUAACAAAACAACGCCAGCCGGGAGCCGAACGCAGAGUCCUGAGAAGGCUCCAGCUGUGCCGCCUUCACCCUCUCCAAGCAACUCUCGGAUCGAGAAAUCCACGAAGAUACCAGACGUCCCUAAUGUGAUAAAGACGGGGCCCCGAAAGUUGCCGCUGAACCAUGCUUGCUCGAACGAGAGUGGAUAUGACAGCGAUGGCACGAGACGUGGCGAGGAGUCACCCUCUGGUAGCACCCGGGGGAUCAACGCUAGGCGCUCCUCAGGAGAAGAGAGUCCCAGUGGAUCCACCAAGAGCUUCGGUGAUGUCAGUUCAAGUUCACUCGAAGCGACGCGAUUGGGCACUUCAUCUUCGGAUGAUGAGUUCAACAAGCCGCAGGGAGCCCGCCCUAAAACCUACAACAGCUCGCGAACUCAGGAGGAUGAAUCGCCCUUCGCUACCCAGGAUAAUGAUACGAUCCUGCGACAGCCGAAAGACAGGAAGGUGAUGGAUGUGAACGGUAUUCAGAUCAGCACCGAAAAGAUUGUUGCUCAACGCAGAUAUAUGCAGUACAAGAAACGUCCAACUAAGCCUCCAAGGAAGUCACUCGCGAAAGAAGAGAACAACGAUCUCUCAUCUCCGACAUCCCGGCACUUAGAUCAUGGCUCUUAUGAAGAGAUCUUGUCAGAACCGGAGCUCAUUCACUCUGCCAGGCAUCCAGAGGUACCCCGUCGGAAGCGGAGUGUCGAGAACCCGCGGGAGCUGUACCACUUCCCUGGACUGCGUCCCGAGCGACGGGACUUUCCGGACUCUGGGAGACCGCCCCGCUACGCGCAGCCCCGCUCCCGCUCUGAGGGACACCCUCGCCAAGAAAGCUACCCACAGGAGCGGGUAAACAGCUACCAUCACCCGAGACUGGAGAACUAUCCACCCCAGCGUCUGGAUGGGUUCCCAGUGCCUUUCGGACAUCCGCCGGACCCAGGGGUGCCGAACCGUGGUCGGAUCCGGAUGGGGACCCGUGAGGCAGCACACGAGCCGGGCCGGCCGCCGGCCCGGCCCCGAUCCACGGGUCACCUGGUAGCGGCCGGCGGCGGUCCGACCAGCCCGGCAGCGCUGCCCUCACUGCCGGCUGACUUUACCAACAAACAGUUCAAGAUGCUGCGCGUCAAAAAGGCCGACGGGGACUCGUUAGGGAUUUUCAUAGCCACGAACAGCAGUCACGGUUACCUCAUCGCCGAAAUGGAGCCCAACGGCGCCAUAGCCAGGGACGGCCGUUUCAAGGUGGGCGACGAGCUGGUGAACGUGAACGGACGCCGGCUGCGCGGCUGUGCCCUCGAGUCGGUGCUGGACGUGCUACAGGACCCGUCGCCCGAGCUGGACAUUGUCAUAGCGCGCGACUUCCACCCGGACCGGCUGCAGCCGGCCGCGCCGCCGGCCGGUCAGCACGUGGUGGUCAUCUCUGUACCGGACACGAGCGGCGGCGGCGGCGGUGGCGGCGGCGCGUCCGGCUCUCGGGACGAGCUGCUCGACGAGCCGGACGACUCGCUCGAGUACCCGGCCACGGGCUCGGAGCCGUACGACGCCUCCGAAGCCGACGAGUACCGGCGGCCCGAGUCGGUGCUGUCGGCCGUCUCGGGCUACUCGGUGUCCAGCGCGCAGUCGGUGUCGUCGGUGCGCGAGCUGCUGCGCCGGCGGCACGAGCAGAGGGCUGGCACCCGAUCGGCCAGCUCCAAAACCGGCCGGCGACCCAAGUCGCUUACCACUGCCCUCCUUACCGUCAAGUUCGAAAAGGGAGCCGGCAAGAAGAGUCUUGGGUUCAGUAUUGUUGGAGGCAGGGACUCACCCAAGGGCAACAUGGGAAUCUUCGUGAAGACGGUGUUUCCCAAUGGCCAGGCAGCAGAGGACAACCGGCUCAAAGAAGGUGACGAGAUUGUGGCAGUGAACGGUGAGAGCAUGCAGGGCUUGUCGCACGGCGAGGCCGUGGUGGUGUUCAAGUCGGUCCGAUCCGGACAGGUGAUCCUCCAUGUGGCCCGCCGUGAGCAGCCGGCCAAACGAAGGUCGGCCAAGUCCAUGUCGUGUGACGACCUUGACCGGGUCGAGGAGUGAUUCGACUGAGAAAUGAACCGACGCCUCGGGUGUCGCGGUGACGCUCGGCGGUGGCUCACGAGGCGCCGAGAAAUGAAUGGACUGAGAAAUGAACCAUCCCAGGGACUGGGAGGAUGCUGGGCCGCGAGUCGGGGCGCAGCAGGCCGAGCCGGUGUAUACUUAGGCGCUAGCGGCCGCAUAGGUAACAUAGCCAGUUGUCAGUUGUAGAAGUGUAAUAAAUUGCGAAAGAGAAGUUACGUGAUUUACAACAAAUGUGUUAAGUAAGAUGAGUACUGCGCUCUCGUAAGUGUCUCGAAUUCGAUCUUUACGAUUCAGAUCUACAACAUUGAUUCAAUACUCUCGCCUCCCGCUAACAUCGUAAUGAGGCAAUUCAUUUGGUUCUUUGCCGAGAUAAGCGCUCGAUGUACUGCUUUACUUCCGGUCUUUUUUCGCAUCAGCUCCUUCACAGAUGCGCUGCUCUCGUAUGACCAGUGGUAUGAUAGUCAACGUUGUGUUUUGUUGAACCAUCUUGCGUGGUGCAAUAAUGAUACGUGACAGGUUUCAAGUGAACUGAAAUGAUUGCUUGCUGAUGAAGGCUGACACUGUGAAAGUGUCGACACUGAUGUAUGUACUGAAUUUGCGGAACAGAAUGUGUUUGCGUCGUUAUUCAGAGAUUGUUGUUUUGGUCAACAACUUGUCUUUCUUCAUGUAUUGUACUUUGUGGUCAUGCUCAUACUUUUCAUUUUAAUAU